AUGACCGGCGCGGAUCCCGGCGUCGAUUUGGACGCCCUGCUGGACGCCGAGGAGCAGGACGCAGGCGCAGCAGGCGCGCCCGGCGGCGAGCGCGACGGCGCGCCACCCGCUGGCAGCGAGCAGGCGACCGGCGGCAGCAGCGGGGGCAGCAGUCGCGCGGCGGCGGCGGGGGCAUCGCAGCAAGGUCGCAGCCAGCAGCGGGAUCUGCAUGCCACGCUGCAUGCGCUGUCCCAGCAGGCGCCGAGCUUUGCCGACAGCGGCGAGCACCCCGAAUCGGAAGAGGAGCUGCUCCGCCUGCUGACACAGCACCUCGGCGCACUGGGCGGCGCAGCGGGGGUAGGCAGCGCGGCUGCAGGCGCUGGUGGUGGCGGAGGGGGAGGCGGCGAAGGGGCGGCCGCCGCGGGUGCCCCUCCAGAGAUGGCCUCCUUAGUGGACACCAUCAUGCAGCAGCUGCUCAGCAAGGAAGACAUUGGCGAGCGCUACCCGUCCUGGCUGGCGGCCAACAGAGACAAGCUGACGCAAGACGAGUACCAGCGGUACGAGAAGCAGCACGGCUUCAUCCGGGCCAUCUGUGCCAUGUACGAGUCCACCCCCGCAGACUUUGCCCAGCUGAUGCAGCAGUGCGGGCAGCCACCGCAGGAGAUCGUGGAUGAGCUGGCGCCAGGCAUGCAGUUUGGGCCGGAUGGCCUGCCCACGUUUGGAGGCGGGGAGGAGGGGCUGCCCCCGGAGCUGAAAGACUGCACGAUACAGUGA